AUGUCUGCCGCCAUGGACACAUUCGUGCAAAGUACUGCCAUGAAAGUGGACUGGACGCAGCGUCAGAGCGUUGUUGACCGACUUCGCCAAUGGAUCCGACAUCGAUUUGUUCCUGCAGUCGGCCUCUCAACACCGAACGAAUUGACAGACUGGGAAAACACAGCUCUGGAACGUUUGGCAAAGCAAAGAAUUAGACACCUCCUCGAUUAUGUCAAAGCAUGGCCACAUUCUACCGGAGCAAUACUGGACUUGAGGGAAUGUAUGCACUCGUCAGAAGUCAAAGUCCUGAUAGCGACCUCGUUCACGCGUCAGCUAAGUCUUCGCAUGUUACAUGCUGGUGUGACAACAUCAGAGCUACUUAGCAUCUAUAUCAAUGUCAUCAUGGCGUUCAAAACCCUGGACCCCCGAGGUGUACUUCUGGAUAAGGUGGCUGUACCUUUACGUGCCUAUCUGAGACAUCGUGAAGACACCGUCAGAAUCAUCGCAGCCAGUUUCCUGGCAGACGUUGGCGAGGGCGAUGACUAUACCAACAGUUCGGCCGAAGAGAUAUGCAUCGACCUUGCUAGAGAAAUCAAUCUCUCGGAGGGCCAAGCGCUGCACGUAGAUCACAAAGGUCUGGAUUGGGACGACAUGGAAUGGAUGCCGGAUCCCAUCGAUGCAGGACCUGGUGAGUUGUCUUACUUUGGGAAACAGCAGCGUGCUAACCAUCUUAUCUACNNAGACUACAAGAAAUCCAAAAGCGAGGAUGUCAUGUCGUUUAUGCUUACUCUCUUCGAGCAAGCUGAUUUUAUCAAAGAAGUCCAAUCGCUACUGGGAGAACGAUUACUGAGUGUGGGCUACGACGAUACCGAACUCGAGAAGGAGGUUAGUAUUCGAUCGGAAAUGCUCUUGUGUGUAGCCUUGUACUUACUCGACUCACAGAUUCGUCUCGUCGAGCUCUUCAAGACAAGGUUCGGCGCCGAUCGUUUGCAGUCAUGCGAGGUCAUGUUACGCGACAUACAAGACUCGAGACGCAUCAACAAUACCCUUCGUCCAAAGGACAACUUUCCAACGGCCCAGGAAGUGCAUGCUGCCAUCCCUGACUCUGGUAUCAAAAGUCAGGCGCUCAUUGGCAAGUUCAACACACGUGUGCCACGGACAGACUUGGCUGGCCACAAGUUUAUCGCUUUGAUCAAAUCCGUGGCCGUUGCAGAACAAGGCUCAGACAUACUCUAUCCAUCACCCGACCUACCGAUGUUUGAGUCUACUGUCAAUGCCGAGUUAUCUGCAGCCUUUCACACUCAAAUUCUGUCUUCGUUCUUUUGGCCGAGUCUUCGGGAAGAUGAUUUUGCUGUGCCCGCCCCUAUCUCCACCCUGCAGAAGAACUUCGAGCAAGACUUUGAACGUAUCAAGAACUUACGCAAGUUACACUGGCUAUCUGCGCUUGGAAAGGCCACGGUUGAGCUCGAGCUGGAGGAUCGCACUGUGAAGCUCGAAGGAGUUCAGACGUGGCAAGCGAGUGUCAUUUAUGCAUUCCAAGAUGAUGACCAAGACAUGCCAGCAUCAAAAACAGUACAACAAUUGGGAGAGUCGCUCCAGAUGGAUGAGGUGCUUGUACGCAACGCGCUUGCAUUCUGGAAGGGCCAUCAAGUCCUAGUCGAGGACGAGCCGGACGUCUUCACUGUCCUUGAGCAGCUUCCAUCCGCCGACCAAAAGUCUACCGUUGGCACUUCAGCACCCAUACAGGCCGACACCGUCAUCUCAGCAGUCAAGUCUCAAGAUGCUGUGCUCCAAGACAACAAGCCAAUGUACGAGAUGUUCAUGAUGGGUAUGCUUACGAACGGAGGUGCCAUGGAUGCGGCACGUAUUACGAUGAUGAUGAAGAUGGUCGUCCCUGGCGGCUACAACUUUGGUGAGGACGAGACAAGAUGGUUGCUUUCUGGCUUGGAGGAGCAGGGCAAGGUAGUCGUCAAUGGCAGCAGCUACUCGGUGAAGAAAUGA